GUUAAAUCACGUGUUCAUGAUCAUUUGUCAUUUUCAAUUAUAAACGGUGAAAAGACAUAUGACUUUAGCACAUAUUCGGUGUUAAAGAAGAAAACAAAAAAGUUUUAUUAUGGAUUCUGUAUGAACUUUACUUCGUAAUCGACUGGUUUUUUUUUUAUUUUAAUAAUGCUGAUCCAAGUGAAAAAAUGAAUACAAUAUGACAUUGAGAUAAAAGAAUUAAAUUAGCUGAAACAGGAUUUUUGUAAGAGCUAAGAGUUAAGAAGGGAGACCGCAAUACCUUUCUCCGGAGAUGUGGCUGACCGACAUAUUGCGUUCUUUGCCCUUCCAUCCUGACUAGAGGUAAGAAGAAAAAGAGAAAGAGCGUCAGCCAAGCAAGAAGCAGGAGUUUAAGUCAUUUGAUUUGCUAGGUGAGAGAAAAGUCUUCUCCGUUCUUGCUAUGAGUACCGUCGUAUCUCCUGUAUUACUUCAUUGUCUUCAUUAUGUUUCUUGCGAUUUUCUUUAUCAGCCUUACGUGAACACGCGCUACCGCGGUCUUUUAUAUUUUCCGCUAUAACAGUCAACGGGGCCAGUUUAUAGUAGAUAUUCUCGUGAAUAGCUGUGUAUACUAGUCACUCAGGGUACCAUCAAAAUAUUAUUGGUGUUUUUUACUUAUAAAACACGAUGAAGUUUCAAAAAAUUAUCUGUGAUAGUUAUGUACUCCAGAAAUCUGAAGAAUUCGAGCAAACAGAGUACGAUGCAGUUGAAAAAAGACUUCAAUUACUCUUAAAAGAAGGAUCUAAAACUCCUGCUGAUUUUGAUGAAUCAGAAAUGACUUUGCCUGAUUAUUACGAUCCAGUCAAGUUUCGUUUGGGUCAGAAUGUCUUUAGAAAAAAUAUUUUUACUAUGAUGAUUGCUAAAUUAUCCGGAUUGCUACUUCUUCUUACGGUCCCGUCAAUUCUUGAUAUUUUAAAAUUUACGAAACAAAGCGGUAAUCCAUGUACUGCCUUUCGUAGAUACGCUGCGACUAUUCUUCAUACAUGCAUCUGGUAUAAAAAUUCACCGGAUGAGGAUAGUGAAUUAUUUGUAUCCUUGAAAAAUGUCCGUAAAAAGCACUGUAUUGCUUCUAAACGUAGCUGUGAAGCUGGAAUAGGUCGAAUUUCACAACUUGAUAUGGCUCUUACUCAAUUUGGUUUUAUGGGUUUCACUCUAUUAUGUGCAGAUUAUUUAGGAGUUGCUACCAACGAUGAAGAACUCGAUGGUCUUCUUCAUUUUUGGCGUGUCAUUGGACGAACGUUGGGUACAGAAGAAAGAUUCAAUCUUUGCAAUGGAACUGUAAAAGAAAGUAAAGCACUUUGUCGGAGAUUAUUGGAAGAAAUUUUCGUUCCUUAUUAUACUAAAAAAUCAAAAGAUUUCGAAGAAAUGAGUAAUGCUCUUUUAGAAGGAUUAUGGCCGAUAAAUCCGUUUGUAAAUAAUAAAUCGUUCAGAAUAUUUACAUGCCAUCUGAUAGCCUCAGCUAUACCAAAUAAUAAUCACUCACUAGAUAUUGAUGACACAUCGUUGUCAUUGUACAGUAAAAUAAUAUUGUAUCUUCAGCUUUUUGUUCAUAAACAUUUAUUGCCAGUACAUUACUGGUGGUCAAGUAUUUUUCGCGCUCAUUUUAAUAAUCAAAUGAAAAUAGGCUUUUAUCUUACGGAGAAAUUUCCAUUUUUAGCCUAUAUACUUUACGGACGAAAACGAUCAUAUUUUAAUAUUUAUAAAUUUCAUUUUGAUUAAAAUA